CUAAAGCAGGGGGGAAACAGUGUGCAGUGACCUGAGCUCCCAGAUGGACAGGCCACCACUAGAAGAAAAGCCGGGACAGGCUACGGAAGAGGUUGCCCACAGCAUCAUCCGCGCCUCACCCCUCUAGGUUAGGCAGCUACAAAUUCACAGCGGUUGGGGGACCAGAAGCCCGGAGACGGUGAGCGUGUCCCACAAGGGAAUUCCCAGGCGGAGGUGGACCCCGCGGUGACAGUCGCAGGGGUCUGCUCUGAGGGGAGGGAGAGUCGGCGAGAAAGGGGCGGGGGCGGCAGUGGGCAGCUGAGGAAGGAGAGGAGGGGCGAGGCGCUGUCGCCAAUCCCCUCCUCUCGCCUGCCCUCUCCUUCCUUCCCCUCCGGGCCGGGCACCGGAGCGCAUCCCGCCGGGGCCCCGGCGCUUCAGGGGGAGGCGCCAACUCGGCGCGGCGCCGGGGCUCGGACUGAGCAGUAACUGCGACCCAGGAGGCGGAGCGGACGCGGCUCCGGCCGGCGCUGAGUGACAUUAACUUUGUUCCAGAAGACAACGUUUCAAGGAUCUAAAAGGAACAGGAUUAAAGAUGACUGAAUACUUGGCUGCAGAAAUUUAAAACAAUCAGCUUAGCAAUCCUAUAUUCUUCAGUGGAGCUGAGAUUUGAUAAGUCUGCUCUUCACAGUGAUUUGGAACUUUCCAAUCCCCGAGAAAAGUUGACCAAGGGACCGCACAGGACUGAGUCCAUAUGGAAGAAGAACUUCCUUUUUUCAAUGGAGAAAGUGGCAAGCCAAUACGGGCUACUCUGUCAUCUUUGAAGAUGUUAGAUGUGGGCAAGUGGCCAAUGUUUUCCCUUUGUUCUGAGGAGGAACUGCAGUUAAUCCGUCAGGCUUGUGUCUUUGGCAGCGCUGGCAAUGAAGUUUUAUAUACUACAGUAAAUGAUGAGAUUUUUGUGCUUGGCACAAACUGCUGUGGCUGUUUGGGGUUAGGUGACAUCCAGAGCACCAUUGAACCUCGGAAAUUGGAUUCUUUAAGUGGCAAAAAGAUAGCCUGCCUCAGCUACGGGAGUGGCCCACACGUUGUCCUUGCAACAACAGAAGGAGAAGUCUUUACCUGGGGUCAUAAUGCUUAUAGCCAGCUGGGCAAUGGGACAACUAAUCAUGGUUUAGUACCCUGUCACAUCUCUACUAAUUUGUCAAACAAACAAGUCAUUGAAGUUGCCUGUGGGUCUUACCAUUCUUUGGUGCUAACAUCUGAUGGAGAGGUGUUUGCCUGGGGUUAUAAUAACUCUGGGCAGGUGGGAUCUGGAUCAACAGCUAAUCAGCCAAUCCCCCGACGAGUCACUGGCUGCUUACAGAAUAAAGUCAUAGUGACCAUAGCAUGUGGGCAGAUGUGCUCCAUGGCAGUAGUGGACACUGGGGAGGUAUUUGUCUGGGGUUACAAUGGAAAUGGGCAGCUUGGCCUUGGCAGUAGUGGCAACCAGCCAACCCCCUGCAGAAUAGCAGCAUUGCAAGGCAUCCGUGUCCAGAGGGUUGCCUGUGGCUACGCACACACAUUAGUAUUAACAGAUGAAGGCCAAGUGUAUGCUUGGGGCGCCAAUUCCUAUGGCCAGCUGGGUACUGGCAAUAAAAGCAACCAGUCCUAUCCGACCCCUGUCGUUGUGGAAAAGGACAGCAGCUGCUGCCGUCAGCCACGCCCGCGCCCCACCCCUGACUUCCCCUGCGGAGCCAGGUGUGCCAGGGUUAUAGAGAUCGCAGCCUGUCACUCUGCCCACACAUCUGCCGCCAAGACCCAGGGUGGGCACGUGUACAUGUGGGGCCAGUGCCGGGGCCAGUCGGUGGUCCUCCCUUACCUCACCCACUUCUCCUGCACCGAUGAUGUGUUCGCCUGCUUUGCCACUCCUGCGGUCACGUGGCGCCUCCUCUCCGUGGAACCCGAUGACCACCUCACUGUGGCUGAGUCACUGAAGAGGGAAUUUGACAACCCGGACACUGCAGACCUGACAUUUCUGGUUGAUGGAAACUAUAUUUAUGCACAUAAAGUCCUUCUCAAAAUCAGAUGCGAACAUUUUCGUUCUUCGCUGGAAGAGAACCAGGAUGAUAUUGUAGAAGUGAGUGAAUUUUCAUAUCCUGUUUACCGAGCCUUUCUGGAAUACCUGUACACAGACAGCAUCAGCCUUUCUCCUGAGGAGGCCGUAGGAUUGCUGGACUUGGCUACAUUUUAUAGAGAAAAUCGUUUGAAAAAGCUCUGCCAGCAAACCAUCAAGCAAGGGAUCUGUGAGGAGAACGCGAUCGCUCUGCUCUCGGCCGCCGUGAAACACGACGCCCAGGAUUUAGAAGAAUUCUGCUUCAGGUUUUGCAUAAAUCAUCUGACCGUCGUGACGCAGACGUCAGGCUUUGCAGAAAUGGACCAUGAUCUCUUGAAGAACUUCAUCAGCAAAGCAAGCAGAGUUGGAGCCUUUAAAAAUUGAUCCUACCUGUGGGAAAGGAGUUUUUGAGCCUUUCUAUUUCCCCUACAAAAGCUAGAGAUGAAUGACUUCUCUGUAAUUAAUAGUAUGUGCGAUGAGCUAUAAUUUGGCUGAGUACUUGUAUCUGUCAGAAAAAGGGUGAUGGCCAGUGUCUUCAUCUUCCUAAAUCCGAAGUGACGUAGAAAGUAUCAAAUGUGCUGAUCAAAAGUGACUAAGGUCUAGGAAAAAACUAAAGUAUCUUAUUAUAUUUACGAUUUCCUCUUUUGAGUCACUCACGUUGGAUGCCUUGGGUACAUUGGUCUCAGUAUGUGCUAUUCUGGCCCACAUGUUCCAUUAUUCAGCUGGCCGAUAUUGCAUAGACAGCUCGACAAGGAAUGCUGUCCCUACCACAUUGCAGCAUCUAGCGCAGUGCCUUGCACAUGGUAAGCGCCCAACUGAUUUAUUAUAAUAUAUCCUGAGAGCUUUAUUCAUGGAAUACCAGAUGAAGGAAUAACUUGCACAGUAUACAUUUAAAACAGCUUGUGUAAUUAAUGACGUUCGUAUUCUUCUGGUACACUGUUCUGAGAAAUAGUGGCUAAUUUAGAGCAUUAAUUAGAAUUCACGAAAGGCCUCGGCAAUUAAAUUGACGAAGGCCCAAGGGCUAAUUUUAAUUUAUUUACUCUGAGGCAUUCAUUUCUCACAUGGGAUUGUUCAAUAGGAAGUAAUGUCAUUGAAUGAGAUUUCCGGGUUGAUCUGCCUUACAUCAUUAUAUAAGGUCCUUUGUGUUAAGAGGGAUUUGCCUCCAUAAAUAAAAAUGAUUAUGUGUUUUUCUUGUGGUUGACUUUCAUGUCACUAUAAAACAGGUUCUCUUAACCUGGCGCUAGUAUAAUUAUGAAGUACGGCUGAAAAGGAACUAAUGCUACAUUUCAUGGACAACAUUAACAAAAAUGAGAUAAAUUUAUACUUCUUAGAUCAAAAAAAGUUACCCAAUGGAACGGGAUGUAGUGUCAGAUUCUUCCAAACUGUCUCUCACAAUAUGUAUAAUGUUAUGUAAAGAAAACCUUUUUGGAAUUAGAAAUCUUGUUCUGAUGCUGAA